UUUCAUUCAUUUUCUACUUGCCACCUGAGAAUAAUACGUAAGGAUUUAUUUCCUUCCCCCUACAGUUCAGAUCGCAAAUUAAAACAUCUAGAUGACCAAGACUCCCAAACGGAAGUAUAUCAUCCAGACGCUUGACAUAAGCCUCUACCACCUCAGUUUUAUUUUUUGCGCGAAAGAGUCCAGACGUAUUUUUUCUAAGUUUAAUUUAUUGGUAUUUUCGUUUUUGAACAUCAGAAGUGAAGGUUCUGAUGCCUUUGUUGGAGAUGAUACAACUUCAGUUGUGUCAGAGGAUUGCAAUCUUGUGCCGGUAACAACAAAAAUGGAGGCCGAGAAGAAAGGCCCAGGUAAGAAACGUUCUUCUCGGAAAAAGGAUGAAGUUCGUGAUUUAGAGAGUAAAAUGUUCGCUAAAUUUGAGGAACAGGACAAUCAAUUUUCUUCGUUAAGUAGUCAAAUUGGAAAGCUUUUUGACAUGCUUAGUAAGAGAUCUUAUGAGCCCGAUUCUGGGGCGUCAGGGUCGCUGUCAGACAGAGUCACAGUCGAGGCAUUUAGUGCAGCUCGCAGACCAACAUGUAGUACGUCGGCAAAUGUUCAGGAACAAGAAAUUUCCGACGUUGAGGAUAUUUUGUCAGUACAUGUUUCGGACAUGGAAAAAGAAAACAGUGGUUUUUUGUUUAGUGCACAAGGCUCAGAACACUCUGGUUCCGAUGAAGUCUCUUGUUUUAAUAGUUCAGUCGUCGAAGUGGACGUUCAUAUAUCAGCUGAUCAAGAACGUUUUCAAAGAUAUCGUGCCAAUACUAUUAAAAAAGACAAACCUUGCACAGAAGGUGGAGAAAAGUCUUUGACUUUAAGUAAUGCGCUCAGUGACAAGUUGGGGAAGAUGCUUAUGCUUCUCGAGUCAGAGAUAAGACUGGUUUGAUACUUGAGAAAAAUCAAAUUGACGUUUUACAAGGUUCUUGGAGGUCAGAGACUCCGCAGAGAGUAACUUGUUAUAGGGAAAUUAUAGACAAACUUUUCCGAUUAAUGAAAGUUGUGAGAAAUUUUUCAAUGUUCCUACUAUAGACAAUACUGUUGAGAGUUUGUUAUUGAAACGUUAUGGGCCAAAAGCAGCUUUUGGUAAAACUUCAAGUUUAUUUGACAACAACUAUAAAUCGCUUGAAAAACUUGCAUAUCAAGGUCAUUUAGCAGCGAGAAUGGGACUUAUUACAACUUGUUAUUUACAACAAGCAGUUGGAAAUCUGCUAGACAAUUUGGAAGCGGGUAAACCAAAUUUAGAUAGCGCAAUUCAGAAUGUUAGAGACAUUUUUGCGUUAUCCACCAAAACCUUGGACCAAAUGGCCAGAACAGGUUCUUUUCACCAUAUGAUUCGUCGCAGAGCGACAAUGUACGACACCGGGCUUAGUGAUUUGAAAGAAUAUGCAAAUACUAUUGUUACUUUGCCGUUAACAUCUGAUGGUAUUUUUGGAAAUCAGUUUGAUAUAAAAUUAAAAGAGAAAACUGAGAGGAACAAACAAUUAGCUGAAGUGUUUCCAGAUAUUAAACCUGCAGGCGGUGCUCGUUCUUUUAAGAGGAAAGCUCCAUCAACAGGAACUUCAGACAAUAGUGAUGGUUAUGCAAAGAAGUCAAAAUAUGACAUUAGUUUCAAGAUACCUAAGAAGGCACCAGGAGACUACAAAUCUCAAGGAAAGCAACUCAAUAACAAAGCUCCAGCUAACAAAACUUGGCCAUCACAACGUUCAGGAGAUGUUCGGACAUUCAAGCAUUGAGGAUUGGAGAUGGGUUUGUCAAUGUUCAGAAGAAAGGCAUUACUUUUUUAAGACCAGGAUUGUCAAAACAAGAUCGUCCAAAUCAUUAUGGAAGAAAGAUAUUUGUACCAUAUUUUAAAGACAAUAAGAAAUUAGAUCCAAAACGGGCACUUGCAAUUUAUUUGAAAAGAACCGAAGAGAUGAGGAAAGAUGAGGUGAAACUAUUUUUAGCAACAGUGAAACCAUUUAAACCUGUUACAGCCCAAACUAUUUCAAAAUGGAUAGUAAAUACUAUAAAGAUGGCAUAUGAAAAUAAAGACUUUAAGGUUAGAGCUCACAAGAUCCAUUGGCCCUUCUUGGGCUUUAUUCAAUGGUGCGAGUAUGAGAAGCAUUUUAGAAUCUGCAGAUUGGUCUACAGAUACAACUUUUAUCAAAUUUUAUCUGAGGAAUGUCGAUGUGAAAGUCCUAUCUUGAAAAACUUUUUUCUGCGAUGCGCAGCCAAAAAAAAAGAA